CUCCCCAUCUUAUAAACCCCUCUUUUACAAAACUUCAUAGAGAGAAAAAAGAAAAAAAAGAUGAGAAAUAUUUCAUUUAGUGAUGAAGAACAAAGUGAUUUAUUGCCAAAAACAGUCACUUUAUGGUGGAGAACACCACAAGAUUUUGAUGAAAAUGGUCAUCUUAAAGUGGACAUUUCUGAUCUAUCAAAACUCACACCAAGACUUAAAGUCCUUAGAGAAAUGGAGAGAUUGUCUUUUAUUUCAUCUGAAGGACUUGAAGAUCUUAGACACAAACUUAUUACUUACAGGGCAGGGGAUUUUUGGUUACCAAUAGGGGGAAUAAAGAAGGAAGAUAUGGAAAUAGCAGCAGUGAUCACAAUUGUACUAGUUGGAUUAUCUGCUUCUGGAAAAAGUUCACUUGUUAAUUACAUGUAUAGUGUUCUUGGUAGAUCUGGUCUCAUCCCAUUUGCUCAAACAUCAAGUGGGAACUCACACUAUACAACUAUGUUCUUGGAAGAACACAAUGUGUUAAGAUCAAUGAGAAGUGGAUUUUGUGUGUAUGAUACAAGGGGAUUAGAUACUAAUGAUAUGAUCGAGGAAUUAGAUGAAGUUUCUACAUGGAUGACACGUGGUGUUCGACAUAAUCAACCUUGUUUUAGACAUGGUGAUUAUAAUAAUAAUAAGGUUAAUAAUGGUGGAGGAACAAAUACAAGGUACACUAAGAGGAAAGUUGAUUGUGCAAUAAUUGUGGCUGAUUUAUCAGAGAUUAACAAAGCUUUUAGCUCUGGAGAUUUGAAACAUGUAGUGGCCUUGAAGAGCCUUUUCAACAAUCCUUCUAUAAGGAAAUCAAACGAAAAUCCGUUGCUGAUACUGACACAUGGUGACACGAUUAGCGCGGAGGAGAGGAUCAAUAGCCGGCUGAAAAUAUGCGAAUUUUUAGGGGUCCCGGAGACAACAGGGGCCUACGAUGUAGCGUGUUUGACUGAGCAGGGAAUAUUACCAGAAGAAUCAGAUCCAGUUACAGCAUUUGCCUUAACUGAAGCUGUGUAUAGAUCACUAAUGCAAUCUGAUAGAAAUCAUCAGCCAAAGAAGAAACUGAAGGAUUGGAUUGUGCUAUUUGUGACAUGGAUCUUGUGUUGCAUUGGUGCCUUCUUUGCAAUUCUUGCAAAUUUCUUCUCAAAAUUUAGUCAAAAUCACAACAACAAACUUAAGUAUUAGAAGUAUACUGCACGGUAAGUUUGCUUACAAUAGACUCUUAUAGUCCGACGAUCUUUUCCUAGACGUCAGGCUGCCUUUUUGUUCAGUGUCAGAGCUACAUGUAUCGAAAGGAGUUCAAUUACAUGUAUCGAAAGGAGUUCAAUUACAUGUAUCGAAAGGAGUUCAAUUACAUGUAUCGAAAGGAGUUCAAUUACAUGUAUCGAAAGGAGUUCAAUUACAUGUAUCGAAAGGAGUUCAAUUAAGCACCCUUUCUCCUUACGUUGUGUGCAAUAGGGGUCGGUUUGAAAUUGUUUUAGGUUGCAUGUUCAAAUUUCAAAUGUGACAUUUUUGCAUUUUUUUUAUUUCGGCCCUUAGAAUUUUUGACUCCGCCACCCUAUUUUUUUGUUGUUAUUUUUUGGGGCUUGUUGAUAUGUUGUAUUUAGGUGUGUUGGUUGAAUUUAAUUUCUAGCUAACCAAAAGCUGGGAUAAGAUUUCUAUGAAUGGUUUUAAGUAGCUCAACGUGGUAGGGCCAUUGUGUUAAUAUUAUUAUAAUAUAUAGUGCUAAAUUGUUUA